AAUAAAUGGAAAAGCAUUGCUGGAAGAAAACACAACAGGCAUGAAGAUGAUAAGUUGGAUAGCAUGAAAGUAUCUAUCCUUAAUUGUGCAGGUUCAUUCUUGCAAGAAACGUUAUUACAACCAACAUUCAGUACUAUUGAUAAAAUAGUAGAGGACCAGCAUGAAGAGUAG